AUUGGUAUUGGCGGAAAUAUUCUAAAUUUGGUGACAUUACGUAGUCCAACAUUACAAACGGUUCCAUUUAUGUAUAUACGAUCAAUUGCUAUUUUUGAUUUUAUAGGUCUUUGCUUAAUUUCACUUCAUUUUGGCCUCGAAUUAGUUCCUAAACCUUCCUAUAGCCAAAUGUUUUAUACAACGUACGUCGAGGAAUGCCUCAUUAACGCAUUUCUUGUUGCUAGUGUCUAUUGCGCUCUCUUGCUAACUAGUGAAAGAUAUUUGCUAAUAACACAUCCACAUAAACGACGAACAACCGAUCCAAAAUAUAUGGCGCAAAUGAAAAUUGCAAUUUUAUUGUUAUGUUGUGUUGUUCUUCACUUACCGAUGGCAGCACAAAAUAAAUUGAGGAAUAACAAUGGUAAAUGGCAUAAAGGAAAUAAUAUUGAAUUUCUUUGCUCCGAACCCGUAUUUACAUUAUAUAAUUAUUAUAAAAUGUCACGAGAAUUUCUACGAUUUUUAUCGAUAAUUAUUAUGGUUAUUCUUAAUAUUAUAAUUGCAAGAAAAUUGCAAAUAACAAAGAAAAAACGUCGUUUGAUGAUUUUACGACCAACAACAAAUCCGUUAAACACUAAAAAAACUAAAACUACCACUUUUCAUGUGAGAUAUUCGAGUCAAGAUCAUUCUACAAGAACAGAAAAUUCAUUAAUGAGAAGUUUUACGGAAAAAAAGCUAACUGCACUAAUGGUUGCGAUUUGCUUGAUUUUUAUGAUAGGUAAUUUACCGCAAACAUUCGUUAUGGUUUUACAAAAUGAAGCACGAGAAACGAAUUAUGAAUUUCAGUUUAUUCGAAAUAUUGCGAAUUUAUUCGAAGUUCUCAAUCAUUGCUUGAAUUUUUAUGUUUUUUGUAUGGCAAGCAGUGAAUAUAUGAGAGCAUUUAUAACAAAAUGCAUGUGCCUUCAUGGAAUUUUUUCUCAUAUUACAUGGUAUAAACGAUCCAUAAAUUUUCCAGAAAACAACAAGUAA